GGAGCCGCGAUUUCACAGCGAGGCAAUGACCGCACGGAAAGCCCUGCGCGUUGGGGGCCUCGGUAGCCCGCCACCCGCUGGAGACGUGAGUCGUGGGAGUGAAAAGCGGCUCGGUUCGGCCCCGUGCGUCCUACGGAAAUGGCGGAUGGUCCCUAAAGAGCGGCUGGGCUGCAGGGCCGGGAGCGAGCGGCUUGGGCCAUGAAUGAUCCGGGCGGGGGCUGGGACGGGGCCUGCGGGGGCGUCCGGCUCCUCCUGGACCUUAAGUCGAUGGCUGACGCUCUCCUGUCGACUCCGCUUGCGCCUCUCGCCCUGGUGGAGUACUGGAGUUAACGGGAGAGCACUAGACUAGACAUGAUUAAUUGACCCCUGCUGGAUCAAUUGCUGCCUGUCGAUCCAGCGGGUAAUGUAGACAAGCCCCUAGACAACCUCUGCUGAAUGGAUUCUUAAAGGGCCUUGACUGCAAUUUAAAAUAACCUCUGGGAAGUUGAUGUGCAAAUGCUGCCUGAACUGAACCAGGUGUGAAGCACUCCCUUAGAUGUAGGACAUGUGCUUGAAAGUCUCCCCCUCCAUCUGCAAAAUGAAGUUUUGUACAGUUUCAUGUACAGUUGAUCUGGAACAGCAUCACCGAAGUAUUCCCUCUGGACACCAUUCUAAAGGUGUCUUCAGUGCUUGACAAAGAACAUUUCCAGAUAUGUUGCAGAUAUUAAGCCUUUGCCUCCCAACAUAAAAGAUAAGCUGAUAAAAUUAAUGAGUAUGCAAGGGCGGAUAACUGAUUCAAAUAUCAGUGAGGUGCUGCACCCAGCAGUGGAGACGCUAGAUCUUAGAGAUUGUGAUAUUUCAGAUACUGCCCUGCUGCAACUUUGUAAUUGCAAGCAACUGAAAAAAAUUAACUUAAAUUCUUGUAAAGAAAACAGACUAGCCAUCACUUCAGAAGGAGUCAGAGCUCUGGCCUUGUCUUGCCCUUAUUUACGUGAAGCUUCAUUUAAAAGAUGCUGCAAUGUAUCAGACAACGGGGUUCUUGCUCUGGCGCUCAACUGCCAUCUUCUACAAAUAGUUAACUUAGGCAGCUGCUCAGGCAUCACUGAUGCAUCCCUGCAUGCGCUUGGACAGAACUGCAGAUUUCUACAUAGUGUGGAUUUUUCAUCUACUCAGGUGACUGAUAAUGGUGUCAUAGCACUAGUUAGUGGGAUGUGUUCAAAGAAUUUAAAGGAGAUCCACAUGGAACGCUGUGUGACUCUGACAGAUGUAGCUGUGGAAGCUGUCCUUACCUGCUGUCCGGCAAUAUAUAUUCUGCUGUUUCAUGGAUGCCCACUGAUAACAGUUUUCAUAUGUGACCUAUCUGGUGUGACCAUGUACCACCCACCUCACACAGUGGUUGGCUCUGUAGAAACUGAUCGUUCCCGAGAAGCCUUGGAGCAAUUAGUUGGACCAAACAAAAUUAAGCAAGUGACAUGGACUGUUUAUUGAUUUUUAUAUAAAGUUCUCAGAUGGUACAGCUUUUUCAGGAAACAACCAUCUCUGGGGAACAGCUUUCUCUCUGGUAUCCACUGUCUUUUGUAAUACCAGACUCCUUCAUUCUUUGUUUCUACUAGAGCUCUCUGUCAGCAUGCAAGUGCUUUCAUGUCUUAAGUGUACCUGUCAAUACCCUGUUAAAUGAUAUUUCCUGUAAUUAAAGCAAUGGCUCUCUUU